CAGUUCUACCUUACCUUAGCCAAGGACCCAAAUGGCCCCGUUUCCAUGGUGCGGCUUCGAUAAUUCUAAGCGGCUAUUCCCAGAUCCCGUAAUUGAGCACAAUUGGUCUGUAUGAAUUACCAUCAGGGGGAGCUGCCGAUUCGAGUGCACUCUGAUUCGGUGACAGCGCCGAGGUCGCGGAUACAAGUAGAUUCUCCAAUUUCUCCAACCCCCGGCUCCCGGAGCACCCUAGCACGUCACAGCUCUCUGCUUUGUCAUCAUUUUUUUCUCGAAGCUCUGAAUUUCCCAUCAAAUCCUCACCAGCACAUUCAGUCCCCACACCCUUGAAUACGAUCAGUAUCCACGACCACAAAUCGCCAUGGCCUCUUCUCGCCCGGCCACAGCCGCCUUGUUGCGCGCGCUGCGGCGGACAAGCACGGCAACUCAGCCGGCUUCCCGCGCGGCUGCAACGUCACUCCCCCUCCGAACGUGUCCCGGACCUGCAGCCACCACCACCACCGCCGCCGCCUCCGCCGCUGCGCCGCUCCAAUUCCGCCGGCCAAGCUCAACCUCGAGCUCGACUUCGUCCUCGUCCUCGACAUCUUCGACGUACUCCUCCGUCUCCCCCGAAGAAGUCGAGCACUUCAACAUCCUCGCCGCCGACUGGUGGGACCCCCACGGCUCCUCCCGCCUCCUGCACCUAAUGAACCCCCUCCGUCACAACUUCAUCCGCGACUGCCUCGCCAGCCAACCCGACCCGUCGCCCACGCCCACGCGCUUCCUCGACGUCGGCUGCGGCGGCGGCAUCUUCGCCGAGAGCGCGGCCCGGCUGCCCGACACCACCAAAGUCACGGCCGUCGAUCCCACGCCCGGCGUGCUCGCCAUCGCAAAGGGCCACGCCCGCCGCGAUCCGGCGCUGCGGGGCAAGCUGGAAUACAAGGCCGCCACGAUCGAGACGCUCCCCGUUCCGACCAAGGCCGAGGAGUGUUACGAUGUGGUGUCGGUGUUCGAGGUCGUCGAGCACGUGUCGUCGCCGGCCGAGUUCCUCGAUCGGUGCGCGCCGUUCGUGAGGCCUGGCGGGUGGCUUAUCGGGAGCACGAUUGCGCGGACGUGGACGAGCUGGUUUACGACGAAUCUGAUUGCCGAGGAUAUCUUGGGGAUCGUGCCCAAGGGCACGCACGAUUGGCGCAAGUACAUCAACGACGACGAGCUCAAGGGCAUGUUUAUGGGCAAGGGGUGGGAGAUGCCGAGGGUCGUGGGGGUUGUGUAUGUGCCUGGGCUCGGGUGGAGGGAGGUCAAGGGCAGCGAGAAGGUUGGAAACUACUUUUUCGGUGUGAGGCGGGCGGCGUGAGAUUUGUCUACACGCGUGUAUGAAGAAGGUGGGUGUGUAAAAGUAAAUGUAUAAUAAUGGGCACUGGUGAUACCCCCUUUACCUAGAAUUGGCUGUGACGGGGCGAAUGGACCAUUUCAAAAGACCGCAUCGGAUGGGCGGCAUGAUCCAUGCAUAUCACUUGUUCAGACCAUGAGAUUUGUGGCUGUAGGCGAUAGGUGAGCGAUGGCUGGCCGGCGUGAGGCGGGCUGUUGCGAUUUGAGUUGUGCUACAAAUUGAAUCGGAUCAUCAUGUCUGCUCCAAUAAGGCUCGUCCACAUAUAUCUCAGACAACUUUGACUUAUUCCUACCACAGCCGACGCGAUGCGGAAGGAGUC